AGUCAAGUCCAGUCGAAGUGGGAACGGGUCACAUUCUUCGCUUCCACCUCAUUUAUUUUUCCUCGUCAUUUUCUUCCUUGCACAAUGACAUCACGUCGAUGCCAACAACCAAUCCAGCAGCUGGCCAAUGGGCCCACUCAAACCUAUCGGUGAAUACAGUGUGUGAAGGGAGACCAUAAUUACUGUACUCAAGAACCAACUGGUAUUUAUUUGACAGUACGGUAGAAACGGCAACCAUAGCAUGUCUGCCCCAACAUCCACAACUACAAGGCUCUCUUCCAAAUUUCUGGUAUCGGCUCUUCUUCUCUUGACUUUUCUGGUUGACACAGUCCAUUCUGCCCAAGCCUCCAAGACCAAACCGGCUCUUAUCGUUGGAAUCAAGCCGCUCUUCAAGAGGGAAGACUCAAAAGCACUGGAAUCCACAACAGCAACCACAACAGCAACACCACAACCUCCAACGAGACCGGAACUGGUCACACAAUCCCUGGAGAAAAAUGCCGACUUGUACUAUUUUGGUCUGGGAUCCAACAUGCUACGACAAAAGUUGGAAAAUAGAGCCAUUGACGGAUCCAAAAUCAACGUGAAAUCCUUUCAACCUGCCGUCGUAUACAACUAUAGAUUGGCGUUCAACAUGAAAGGGUUUCCACCACUGGAACCAGGAAUGGGAUCUCUAGAGCCUACUACUUCAUGUAUGGACGCUGAACAACAACUCCAACAACUGAAUCAACCAUCCACAAAACAACAAGACAAUGCUCAUAGUAGUAUCAGCAAACCACUCUGUGCUUACCAGGAAAACGAGUGUCACGGAGCACUGGUACGACUCUCGGCAGAAGACUACGAAAAGGUCAUGCGAUCGGAAGGAGUCGGUCACGGACGAUCGGAUCAGGGAUACGAAGAAGUGGUAGUCGAUGCAGUACCCUACAAGGGACGAGUCGUUCAGGCCGUGGCAUUGCGUGCCCGAAGUCAUGUGCGCUUGUCACAAGAUCCGGCGCCAUCGCAACGCUACAUGGACAUUUUGAAACAAGGAGCCCAGGAAUUGGGACUGGCCCCGGCGUAUGUCGACUUUUUGAAUCAACAUCCCGUGCAACAAUCCUCGGCAUGGACCAGACGGAUUGCCGUUUGCAACUUGGCAUUGUACUCGUCGCAACUCGUAUCCUUUCAAUCCAAGCUUAGAAAGCUACAGGUGUGGCUGCUGUGGAGAGUCUAUGUCCCGCCCACGGCCAAUGUGCUACAGAGAAUACUCAGUGAACUGGCCAUUGGCAUGAUCCUGCUCCCUGGGGCCAUUCCGGGAAGUUUGUGCUUUCUACACAUGAAGCGUACCAACAAGAUGAAUGGCAUGAUGAAGGCGCUGGCAGAUAAUCACUGGUAAACGACAAUCAAACAUCACGUUGGUU